AUGGCAGGAAAUGGAGGCAUUUCGCUUCUCGGGUCGGAGUCUCUCUCUUUGCCGGACUCUUCGGUGACGAUGGGAGACCAAGGCGAAGAACAAAUCGGGAAAAGUCCCGCUCUCCUGAUGCCGACCGGAAGCACGUCGGGAGGGCCGCAUGAACAGGCCCUCCUGAGAGAGGAAACUUCCAGAAGUACACGCAUUACAAGAAGGAGUCGGAACCUCAAGAGGGACGCGAGAGUUCCGGCGGCUAGUGGCAUGGCUUCUUUGAAAAUCGCAGCACUCAUCGCCGCGGUGUCCAUGCUUCUCUUCCUCAGGGGCUACUUUCUGCGUUGCAUUGCCCCCUCUGUGCCCUUACGGUCUGCUCCGUUUUCUCGCUUCGUCUCACCGUCUUCGUUUUCUCAAGCUAGCUCCUUGCCGGGCGCUCUUCUAGAGGGGUCCUCCGUUUCAGCUGCAGCAUGGACUAGGCGGCUCUCUGCGGGAGAGCCCACACCGCCUCACCCCUCCUGUGAUGGCGGAAGCACGGACAAGGAAGGAAAGGAAACCGAUGGAAGCCAAAGAGGAAAGAAGCGAAAGAUACCCACUGACGGCGAUCCUGCAGGUUCCUCAAGCGCAACGUCUGGCGAAGCGACGAGGAAGAAACGAGCCCGCGGUGGGCGCCGUGGUGCAGCACGACCGGAGGCUCCGGAAGAGGAAAUAGAAGACCAACCCCCCACAAAAUCAGGGCAUCCGCUUCCUGAGAGGAUGAAAGAAUCCGGGGAGACGUUACCAACGCAUCCCAGCUCACUGCAGCUUUCAGAGGAUCAACACCCGCUCAUAGUGGACCGCAUGACCAAGGAGGCCACGCAGAGGAAGAUACUCCUGAAAUCGCUAACGGCACGCUUCUUAAAGGGAUAUGAGUACCAGUGGAGCCUCCUGCGUCACGCGGUCUUUAAUACAUUGUUGGUUGCGCGGAUGAACAGUUUUUUGCGUUCGCACGGUAUCCACCCUGUGACAGGGUCGAGAGGAACAGCUUUCGGCCGGAAGAUGUGGAGGGCCGCCACCGAGCUUCGCCUCGAAGUGCUCAACGCGAUGCACGUCCUGGAAGCAAACACGGCACCACGGAGCGGAAUUGAGGCCAUUCUUCUCUUCGCUGCUGAGCGCUCUGUCGGAUCAGUGUCUAAUAUUCUGGGUGUACUACAACCUGCACCGACGGCAACAGAUGUGGCGCAGGCUGUGAGCCGGAGAAUGCAAAGCUACAUAACGCGCGCUUCGGUCACACACGCUUUCCGCUCCUGGUUUAGCGCGCACCCCAACACACGACAAAGUAUACUGGUAGACGGCGGCAUGCUAGAAAAUCUGAUUUUCGGUGCACCACGCACCUAUGUACCAGAGGCAACACUGAGAGAAUGGACCGCCGCCCGAGAGAAUGCCGCAGCCACGAGCAUCCGAGUAUUGAGGUAUUAUGCAGCCAGUUGGCAAGCGGACCCCCAAGGCGACGCAGUCCCCGACCGUUUACUGCGGGCGUUACUACAGGCAGACUUUGGCUCUGCAGUCAGCGCAUAUCUCGCUCCGGAGGAAGUCGCCACGUGGCGCGAUGACAUACAAUCCGGCGCCCCAGAGGCAAGCUAUCCUGUGCCCACGGGCGACGGCGAUGAUGACAUGGAACAUGCAGAUAAGGCUGAAGAGCCAUUGGAGCCCGGUGAAAGUCUGUUUCUGGAGGACGACGAGAACUUAACUGAACUGGGAACCGGCGAAGGUGCGAAUUUAGGGUCAUCUUUCAGACAACAACUCGAGAGUUUAUCAGCAGGCGUGUGGGCGCGCUGGGGUCUCCACGGCCCCCGCAGCGAAACAGUCCGGGAAGCGUUUUUGAGUGCAGCGCUGACCAAAAUGGAAAAAGAGUUGAAACAGACAAUGCAGAGAUCGCGCGGAGACCCCCCCCUGCAGCAGUUGGAAGCCCUGGAAAAAGCAUUCGUCAUCGAGACCCAGAUGAUGGACGUUAUCGGCCUGGCCAGGGGGGUAUUACAGCGAAACCCGGAACUUCAAGAGCUUUUUACUUCCGACUCCGAGUUUCUGCAAGUGCUCUCAACUAAUGCUAUCGAAGGCAUGUAUGUCGAUGAGCCGCCCGACCCCGGAAGUGACAGUGACGACAACGGUGACUCCAUGUCUUCCGUCGAUAGCGUGCAAGGACCCGUGCUGCAGCACGAUCGACUUCCGACACCUGAGUUUGAGGAGGCGUUCAGGGACCUCUUCGAACAGAUACAACCGUCUGAUAGGGCGGCUCUCAACCAAGUUCUACGCUACCAGAAAGAGACCCUGUUCCCCAGGAACGCUGAGAUUUUUGACUCUGUUUGUCGUAUGUACAUGCAGUAUCCCAAAUCCGCCAAUAUCCUGAAUGCUCUGCUUCUGCACACGAGCGUCCUCGAAUUUACGUCCCUGCAGCUUCUUUUCCUGGGGAACCACCACAACUUUGAGAGCAAGAAGAGCGCUGUACUGUUGAGAGAGUGCACUGCAAAAAAGAAUCUGACCGAAGAGCUGAUUACGCGAGCCGCGAUUAUGAUCACUGGCCAGCCUGCAUCAGUUGGAGCGCUGAGGCACAUGCUGCAGGAUAUGCUGGUUGAAGUUGUGUCGGGGCAUACACAGCGUCUGACGGCUGAAUUCAAUCAAGAUGAAGGAGACCUCCCGACGCGCCAGGCACUCUUGUUUCAGCGCGUCCGCCAGAUUGUCUCCUCGGCGGACCUUGUGGGCUUUGUAGCGCGCUGGCUGGAAACACAUCCACAAGUGACUCACAAUCUGCCUCCAAACGGGCAACUAUUCUUCAUUAUUCCAUCGCUGAUGCCGUGGCAACGAGGCAGGGAUCCCUUUCUCCCCGGGUCCGCAGAUCGAUCGCGGCCGCAGAAGAAGUACCACAUUUUGUUCGCGGCCGGCGAUUUUGCGCAACUUUCCCCGGUGGUUCAGCACUACUGCUUCCCAGAAGAUUAUCCCCCGGAGGACCCCCACGAACGAGAGAACUGGACUUCUGUGGUGGGGAAUAUCCUCCAGAAUAUCAGGACGGCAGUAGUACGGUUCACCACAGGUUUUUCGGAGGCUCCAGUGGAGCGGACCGGGACCCUCCUGCGUAGGGUUUUGCGCCUAGAUAUGGAACUGGCGCGAGUUCACCAUCUGACCCGCACCCAUCCGGAAUUGCUAGAUCGCGGAUCUCCGCUACACAAGGUCUACGACGCAUCGGUCCGUACGUCCGUGGCCGCGUGGGAGCGCAUGGGGAUAUUCGAGCCUGUUGCGACAGCUGUGCGCUCCGAGUUACUGGCGUUCCUCCUGCAAUCGAAGAAUUCUAAAGUCAAGCCAGCUCUGGUUUUAAAGAUUCCUGAGCUUUUUUCUUACCGAAUUACACAGCAACGCUCCGAUGUGCACCGCAGCCUGAGUACUGUACCGUUACUGCAGUAUCUACAUCGCUGGAUGGAAGCGAGGCCAGAUAUAGCCAACAGCCCGUGGAUUGCGUCGGACUCUUCGCUGGUGGCAGCUGUUCAGGCACUGGGAGCAGAGCUUGUUGCCGAUACGGUGUUUGUUCAUCCAGAAAGCACAGUGACCGAAUCACCUCUGCAUUUAUCGUCCUCACUCGUCCCCGACUACGGAGGCUCACUCACUUUCAUGCGUAUCUGCUGCGAUAGUACCCAAGCUCCGCACCCCGGAAGCUCGUUUCUCGCAACUCCUAAAGAUUGCUGCCGGCCUUUUACCGAUGCACCUGCCUCUUCCUGCGCCCCCUCUUCGCUGGCACCUGUAGCUGCAGAAUCGCCCGACAGAAUCCCGCUGGACGACGCCCUCGCAAUAUUUGGAUUGACGGACACGGAGCCAGCCGACGCAGCCACAAGCGAUCCAGCUGGAGAUGACGCUGCAGAAUCGCCCGACAGAAUCCCGCUGGACGACGCCCUCGCAAUGUUUGGAUUGACGGACACGGAGCCAGCCGACGCAGCCACAAGCGCUCCAGCUGGAGAUGACGCUGCAGAAUCGCCCGACAGAAUCCCGCUGGACGACGCCCUCGCAAUGUUUGGAUUGACGGACACGGAGCCAGCCGACGCAGCCACAAGCGAUCCAGCUGGAGAUGACGAUUCAUCUGACAGGAUCUCGCUGGAUGCUGCCCUCUCUCUGCUCGGACUAAGCGCGGGUGUCAUGCCGGAAGACGACAGCGCUGGGAGACCUCGAGCAGACGAUGGGCACGACGGAGAGUCAUCGUUGGGCCGGCAUCCUAUCCCCCGCCCCGCGCACCCACCCUCGAGUAGACCGGAAUUGGAGAACGUGGCGCUCAUCCUGGUAGCGAAGCCGCCUCGUUAG